AUGGGACGGCCCCCUGCAUACUUGGACGUGUCUGAUGCCCAAGUACAUUUUGAUACACAGAGCAAACGUUGGAUCUGGGAAGACGACAGUGGCAUUGAGUACGAAUGGCAUGGUCAGGAACCUUCAAAAGAGGCUGCGAACGACGCACGAAUCACGGCAGGUGGAUGGGUCAGGGUAAUCGGCGAUGACGAAAUGGCGAAGCAGCAAGAAGGAUAUCGUAUGGACGGCGUGGACGAGCAUGUGGGUGUUCCUCUACGUGUGCACUGA